AAUUGAGGAUUGAAGGGCUCUCUCUUGAAUUGGAUUGAAACCACCUCUCUGGUUUCCUUCAACCAUUCUCUACAAAUGUGUUGUUUAUACAUAAAACCCCAUUUGAAGUAUUAGAACCUUUUGAUUUCUUCUUUCUUUUCCUCUCCCACCAUUUUCUUCUCAUCAUUCCGACUCACCAAGAUGGAUAGAUAGCGGGGACAAAAAGUUUCAGCACGAAUUUGCUUUCUUCUCGUCAGUUUUGAAGGCAUUUUCUGAUUGAAUCGACAUAUAAACAUGGCACAAGGGAAGUAUGCUAGGAUAGACAACAACAGAAGACAACAGCCACCAUCAAACAACUACUGCUCGACAGUGACAAUUGUGGUGUUUGUAGCCCUAUGUUUGGUCGGUGUGUGGAUGAUGACAUCAUCAUCCAUUGUUCCUGGUCAAAAUGUAGACAUGCCCAUUCCAAAAACGGGCAAGAACGAUGUGAAAGAUCAAGUGACCGAUAGCUCCAUAAAUAGUACUGCUAAAAAAGUAGACAAUAACCAAGGUGGUCUGUCAGAGGAUGUAAAGAAAGCAUCGGAAGAUACAAGGAAUCCCCAUGAAUUUGACAAUGUUGACGUACAUAAAGAUCAAAAGGAGAAGAAACCGGAAGAAACUUAUCAACAUAAGUAUGAUAAGAAGCCAUCAAAGAUGCCUGAACCAAAACUUGACGAGAAACCUGAAGAGAAGCCAAAAGAAAAGCCUAUUGAAAAGACAACAACAAGUAGUGAGGCACAACCUGAGAACAAAGAUGUGACUGUAAGGCAUGCUGACGGACAAGUAAACCAAGUGGGCGGAGAGACAAAAUCUAAUGAUGGUCAAGCCAAUAUUGUGGGGCAAGGAGACUUAAAUGAGAAUACCUCAGAGGAAGAUAAGUCUAGUUUGUAUCAGAAUAAGAGGAAACAUGAUUUGGCAGAUAGCAUUAAGGCAUCAAAUGAUAAAACUGGCGAGUCGGAAGUUGAAAAAGUGAAUGAAAGCCAAGUUGUGGAGAAAGGGGCUAAAAAAGAUAAGAAUGAAGUCAGUAAUCAAAGUCCAGGUGAACAAUUUCCCUCAGGGGCUCAGGCUGAGCUUACAAAUGAAACAUCAACUGAAAAUGGGUCAUGGUCAACUCAAGCAAUGGAAUCAAAGAAUGAGAAAGAUACUCAAGAAUCUGAUAAAGAGUUAGUGGUAUACAAUUGGAAAUCGUGCAAUAGCACUGCUGGGCCGGACUUCAUUCCUUGUCUAGAUAACUGGAGAGCUAUUAAGAAUCUUAGAUCUACUAUGCAUUAUGAACAUAGAGAACGCCAUUGUCCUGAAGAACCUCCAACCUGUCUAGUUCCACUUCCAGAAGGUUAUAGACGUCCAAUUAAGUGGCCUAAUAGUAGGAAAAAGAUUUGGUACUCUAACGUACCUCACACUGAACUUGUUGAGUACAAGGGGCAUCAAAACUGGGUGAAAGUUGCUGGUCGAUACCUUGUUUUCCCUGGUGGUGGAACUCAGUUCAAACAUGGCGCUCUACACUACAUCGACUUUAUAAAUGAGAAUGUACCUGACAUUGCAUGGGGAAAACACAGUCGUGUAAUCUUGGAUGUUGGAUGUGGUGUUGCCAGUUUUGGAGGGUUUCUCUUCGACAGAGAUGUCUUGGCAAUGUCGUUGGCCCCUAAAGAUGAGCAUGAAGCUCAAGUACAAUUUGCUCUCGAAAGAGGAAUCCCUGCUAUAUCUGCUGUCAUGGGCACACUCAGACUUCCCUUCCCAGGCAAAGUAUUUGAUGUUGUACACUGUGCACGUUGUAGGGUGCCGUGGCAUAUUGAAGGUGGUAAACUUCUUCUGGAGUUGAAUCGGUUAUUGAGGCCAGGCGGGUACUUUGUGUGGUCUGCUACUCCUGUAUAUCAAAAGAAACCCGAAGACAAAGAAAUCUGGAAAGCUAUGAGCAAACUGUUGGAGACAAUGUGUUGGGAGCUUGUGACUAGAGUUAGGGAUAGACUCAAUGGAGUCGGCCUAGCUAUUUACAAAAAGCCAAUGAACAACUCAUGUUAUGAAAAGAGAUCAGUGCAAGACCCUCCAAUGUGUGAGGCAUCGGAUGAUGCGAAUGCGGCUUGGAAUGUGCCUUUACAAACAUGCAUGCAUAAGGUACCAAUAGAUUCCCUACAACGUGGGUCGCGAUGGCCUGAGCAGUGGCCAGCUAGGUUGGACAAAACCCCAUAUUGGAUGUUGGGUUCUGAAAUGGGAGUUUACGGCAAACCACAACCAGAAGACUUUGUUGCUGAUUAUGAGCACUGGAAGCGAGUCGUCUCCAAAUCAUAUAUCAAUGGAAUGGGAAUAAACUGGGCAACCGUUAGGAAUGUUAUGGACAUGAGAGCUAUAUACGGCGGGUUUGCAGCUGCUUUGAAGGAUAUGAAUGUGUGGGUGAUGAAUGUCGUCCCAAUUGACUCUCCAGAUGUUCUUCCUGCCAUCUAUGAACGUGGACUCUUUGGAAUUUACCAUGAUUGGUGCCAGUCGUUCAGCACAUACCCUAGAUCAUAUGAUCUUAUGCAUGCUGAUCAUCUCUUCUCCAUGAUCAAGCAGAAGUGCAAGAUAGUUCCUCUAGUGGUGGAAGUUGACCGAAUCCUGAGACCGGAAGGAAAGUUAAUCGUGCGAGACACUGCUGAGGUCGUGAGCGAGCUAGAGAGCAUCCUAAGGUCGAUGCAGUGGGAGAUCCGGAUGACUUACAACAAGGACAACGAAGGGUUGCUUUCCGCCCAGAAGACAAUGUGGCGGCCAAAGGAAUUCGAAACGCUAGAUUAUGGUAUGAUGACCUGACUUAUAUGGAGCUCCUUCCCUACUAAUUUUGUAAUUUGAAGGUUAGAGUGCGCCCUUAUUACCUUUAUAGGUUCUUGGAACUCCUAUAUUUUUUGUACUAAAUCCGUUGCAAUCGGGUUUUCUUCCUGAAGGGUGUAAGGCAACAGUUAGCAAAGCUAGCCUAGUUCACUAGGCCCCAACCUAAGUUUUUUCCUAGCUUGUUGCUUGUUGUAUAUAUCUGAUGUAGAAUUGAGUGUUUUUUGUAAGUCACUACUAUGUAACAUGGCAUUGGCCACCUAAUACAAGAGGGAGAUAUAGUUAUUUUCACAUGUAUAAUUUGCUUACUUGGGAAAUGUAUCUUUCCGGUUUACAAAAGG